UACUUCGAUAUGACCUAUCGAUAUUCACGUUUGCGAUUUUGGCGGUUAAUCUAAAUACUGGCAUUCGAUUUUGAGGUUAUAUUGGAGGAAAAACGCGUGAACGUUAUGGAGAACGAAAAAAAAAUGAUAGAUGAAGUUGAAGAAACGAAAUUAGAAGAAAAUUGUGUUAAUUCUGAAAAAGAUAGUAAGAUUACCUGCAAAGAAAACCUAACCCCGUAUUUCAAAACUUGGGAUCAUAGUAUCAAUAGAGUUUACUUGUCAGAUGUACCGCAAAUGUGUCGGGAUGAACCAUGUCAGCUUGGUAUCGAUGAGGCUGGACGUGGGCCAGUCUUGGGACCCAUGGUUUAUGGGAUUGCCUAUGCACCUUUAUCAGAAAAGCAACUUCUUGUGGAUUUAGGUUGCGCAGACUCCAAGAGUUUGACGGAAGAACAGAGGGAUACAAUUUUCGACAAGAUUUGUAAGCAGCACGAAACAAUAAGUUGGGCUGUGGAUGUCAUAUCCCCUAACAUUAUCGCGAAUAACAUGUACCGUCGUGUUAAGACCUCCCUGAACGAAGUUUCUAUGAAUUCCGCGAUUGAACUAGCCAAAUUGGUGAUUGAAGCUGGUGCAAACAUCACGGAAAUCUAUGUAGACACCGUAGGCGUACCGCAGAAAUACCAGGUCAGGUUGGAACAGAUUUUCCCGGAUAUAAAGAUAACUGUCGCAAAGAAGGCUGACUCGACGUAUCCUAUUGUCAGUGCUGCCAGUAUUUGCGCUAAAGUUUUGCGCGAUCAUGCUUUGAAAGCUUGGCAAUUUCGCGAAGAGUUGGUAACGACCGAGUAUGGAAGCGGAUAUCCGAAUGAUCCGGAGACUAAAAAGUGGUUGUCCGAGAAUGUAGAUCCAGUAUUUGGAUUUCCGCAUAUUGUCAGGUUUAGCUGGUCUACCGCUGAAAAGAUUCUGGAGUCAAAGGCCCUGUCCGUUGAAUGGGAAGAAGUGGAAGACACAGGGAAUCCUGGAGAACAAAAGAUUUCCAGAUUCUUCGCCAAGUCGCCAGUUAAGUCUUGCAAGCCACAGAGCAAGCGACAUCAGUUUUUCACCGAAAGAUGCCUUUCCAGUACUUCCAAAUUAUGAUUUUCUUUGUUUACAGUAUGAAUAAUAGUACAUAGACACGCAAACAUAGUAUCUUAUAAUUAAAAAGUUAUUCUUUGAUAAAACUAAGACUUAUGUCUGAUCCAUUGACGUAAACGCCGCUUUAUUUAUCAGAACGUUAAGUUAGAGAUAAAAGUCGGUUCAAUUUAUGUACAUAUGUACAAAGUGCUCUUACAGUAAAAUACGAUAUGCAGGUA